AUGACGUUUCUGGAGGAACUGAUCAUCGGCCUGCUGAAUGCUUUCACCCCUCAGCGGAGUUUGGAAGACUUCCAGGACGUGUACCUGGUGAUGGAGCUCAUGGACGCGAACUUAUGUCAAGUAAUUCAGAUGGACUUGGAUCACGAACGAAUGUCCUACCUUCUGUAUCAAAUGCUUUGCGGAAUAAAGCACCUUCAUUCUGCCGGUAUAAUUCAUAGGGAUUUGAAGCCGAGUAAUAUUGUGGUGAAGUCGGACUGCACCUUGAAGAUAUUGGACUUCGGAUUGGCUCGGACUGCGGGCACCACGUUUAUGAUGACUCCAUAUGUUGUGACCAGAUACUACCGCGCUCCAGAGGUGAUUUUAGGGAUGGGAUACACCGACAACGUAGACAUUUGGUCCGUUGGAUGUAUCAUGGGAGAGAUGAUUAGAGGAGCAGUUUUGUUUCCUGGCUCGGAUCACAUUGAUCAAUGGAAGAAAAUUAUUGAGCAACUAGGAACGCCAUCUAGCGAAUUCAUGCGCCGGUUGCAGCCAACUGUUCGGAAUUACGUGGAAAAUCAGCCGAGAUACACUGGUUACCCGUUUGACAAACUCUUUCCAGAUUGUCUUUUCCCUUCGGAUUCCACGGAGCACACGAAGCUGAAAGCUUCACAAGCCAGGGAUCUGCUGUCGAAGAUGCUGGUGAUAGAUCCUCAAAAGAGAAUAUCCGUGGACGAGGCCCUACUGCACCCGUACAUCUCCGUGUGGUACGACGAGAGCGAGGUCAAAGCUCCUGGCCCGUCCUUGCAGCCUGCCCCGCACGUCUACGACCACACUGUGGACGAGCGGGAACACCUGGUGGAGGAAUGGAAGACGCUCAUUUACGCAGAGGUGAUGGAGUACGAGGGGAAACAUUAUUCCGAAGUGCCGGUACCACAGCAUAGUCACCAUCCGCACCCGCACCAGCAUCAACACCAGCACCAGGCUUCGCCACACAGCGCCGCCGCGGCGGCGGCGGCGGCGGCUGCUGCUGCUGCUGCUGCUGCCACUGCGGCCGUCACAUCAGCGCCUCCGCAAAACUCCAACCCGCCGUCGUCGUCGUCGUCGUCGAACUCUUCGUCGACGUCGUCGAACCACUCGGCUGGUGCCAGUGUGGGACCCGAUUCCAAUGGGUAUCCCGAGGAUGAUGGGUCUCUGUCGCGUGGGGGGUCGGCGCGACGUUAACUGGCGGGGAGAAAGCAAGAAGUCCACACCUUGGACUCAGGCGCGGAUUUUGAUUUUUUAAGUUGACCUGCUGGUUGAAAAAGAAAUACCACCCCAGGAGGAACGAACCCUCAUGCUUCCGAUUGUAGAAAUGUGGCAUGAUAUGAGGUCUUGGACUUCGAUGAGUGUCCCGACUCCUAUUCCCGCUGUCGCUUAAUGUUCUUGAAUGAUCGAAUCGAUGUCAGACAGCGAUGUUGCAGUACCCGCGACUCCAGGAAAAAGACAGAGAAAAAAGCAGCGCUUCAAAAUUUAUAGCUUGAGUUAGUCUCACAAAAUCUGAAGAAUGAUUCCUGAAAAUUACCAAAAAUGCUUGGAAAUUUCGAGUUAUCAUCUUUGUGCUCAGAGUUUAAAGUUGUGAUAGGGCCUUUCGGGGUUGCCGUGAAUUCCUGGAAUAUACUUCAGGGAGAUAUUAGCAUUUUCCGAGCAUUGUCAACAUUUUCGUAGCAGAUUCCAAAGUAACAUGCAGCUCAGCAAAUUUAAUUCUGGGGGUAUUUAUUGAUGCAUUUGACCGAAUGGACAUUAAAAAAAAGGUACUAAACCUGAGCUUAUGGCGAAGUUAUGUGAUUAUAUUGUUUGUUCAAGAAUCAAGAGUCAGGACAAAAAAAAAGCGCCGACAAUCUUGCAUUUGCUGUAUGAGGAGAAUGUGCAAAAUCUUCUGCGUGAAUAAUUACAUAGCAGUUCCAGGCAACUCCGAAAGACAGUUUCAACUCCCCUAUACUUUCUUUCAUAUCUAGAUUCCAUUGCCAGUGUCUAGUUCGAUCAGUUCAUCAGGCAAAGAUCAAGGCUAUGAUUUAUUUUGUUCAAUUCUUCGACGCUGCAUACUGCGCCGAAAGACGUCAACAAAUGCAUAAAAAUUAUGUCAACAUUUUGACGUUCACGGAAACUUGAAAAGUUGAAGGAAUUUCUAAAACGCUUUUUAAAUCGAGAACGAUUUUGGACUCGUUGGGAUGCCAACUAACUUAUUUUUGCGAAAUGUAAGACGCCCUUCUCCACUUCAGACUCCCACAAGAAUAGUUUUGGAAUCGAUCGUACCCUGACUUAUUCUAUUUUAAAAUGCUUGUGUAAAAGGCGGGCUUGUUCGAAAAGAGCAUCUAUUAAAACGUUUACAUGUUUCCCACUUACUUAUAUUUUUAUCCAUCGGAAUUAGUUCUAAAUUUAAUCUAAACCGAAUACAGAAGGUUGGAAAUACCAAAGAGCGAACAUGAGGCAGCAUUCGGCGACGUAUUCUUGGUAUACACGAUGUUUGUGAUUUCCGUUGAAAGAUUAAUUUUAUUUGAACGAAAAUUAAAAUUACUAUACCUGUACCUUCAUUCUUGUUUCAUGCGUUACUUUAAAUGUGGUGCUUUUUUCGGUCACUCCGUAGAUUCUUGUGUCUGAGGGACAAGUUCGGAGGCAAUUGACAGGGUGUUUUCGAUUCAGGAACAAUUCUUAUUUCAUUUGUCUGUUUGGCUUUAGCCAUUUAAAGCAUCUUAGAAUCCACGGCGUCUUACAUUCGCUUAUAUAUGGUAGUUUUUUGGAUUCCCCUUUUUUCUGAAAGAGAGCUUUUUAGAAAAAAAUCCGUUGCCGCAUGCUACCAGCGCCUUUGACAUUCUCAUCACGUCCCUUGAUCUUACCCGAGACGAGUUCGGGUUCCAGUGGAAGUUACCUUCCUCGGUGGUACUCCACUUCCGUAUGGCACCCCUAUAGCUGGUCCUGUUUCUUUUUUGUCAAUGUUCACGGUGGGUCGGUGUUUUUUGAAGGCAAUUCCGAGCGAACAAUUGCCCGCGGCGAAGGACCCAUGAUGCGUAUUACUGCUUUUGGAUGCGUGCAAAAAAUGCGGAAUCCUGACUUUGUCCGAGUCGGAUGUUUGGAGUUUUUGCGGAAAUUUUUGUUCGGACGGAAAUUCAAUGAGUUUUGGUAUCAAAUUGCGAAGUCGCUUUAUUCCUGUGCACUUCGUUGUUGUUCUGCUUCGAAACUUCUUUAUUUGUGAAUUGUUGUGUUCGACGAAUCGGGUUAGUGCUCGACAAAAUGUUGCGUGGGCGUUCCUGAGGUCGAUGAUCUUUUUAAAAUUAAUUUCAGAAGCCAGACAUGACGAACAUUUUUUACUGUUUUCAGUGGCAUUUUUGUUGAAUAUUCAUUGCUGAGUUAAUGGGGUAUUCUGGUACGGGCGCGAGUUUUUCCCAGUGUAAAAGAUCACUUUUUCGGAUGAGGAACAAUUGUCAAGGGCGUUCAAUGAUUACCUUGAGAUUAUAUUCGCUGAAAAGUGAGAACUAAAAGGAAUGUCCGGCAGUUUUCGUCAACAAAAUCAUCCAUGAAUUGCCCAUACAGUACUAUCGUCGAGAAUAGCACUGCUACGUGGAAUUGGCAUUUGAGUGAAGAAGUUUCUUCAAGCCGAUCUAUAAAGCAUGUAAUUUUUGAAGUAUUUAUGGAUGAAGGGAAAAAGUCUGAAUGAAAACUGCCGGCGGGAAUUCAACUUUAAUCCCAUGAGUGUGUUCCGGUUCUUUACAAUUUUAAAAAAAGAGCCAGAAUUGUUCUGAAGCAUUGUUUGAUUCGCUUGGCCGGUUAUAUCAUCAAAUUCCAUCGGCUUCGGUGACUAUACUCUGAUGAACCGGAUCUUCGGAGUUUGACGAAAUCGCGCGUUUCGGAUAUUUUGUGAACACGGUCAUUGCUUGCGAUCAAUGAGGCUACCGAAGUUUCCGGAAGUGCUUAAAGAGAGAAAUGUUAUGAGCUGUGAUUUUUCCAUUCCCAGCAUCUCUGUGGUAUACGUAGUCGGAUAGGAUCUCUUGAGGUGUUAGCAGCGAAUAUCGAAUCUUAGUCAGGUAGAUCUUGUUCGAAAUUUGAUCGUGGACGUGGUAUCACGCGUUUUAGAGCCCUGUUUCAUCUAUUUCUCGAGAAGUAUCUCGAGAAUACGAUGCGCGUGUUAUUCAGCAAUCGCUUUGCCCACGAAACGCUCUUCGGACGACGUCUCGUGUGUCUCGGAACAAUUGUGGCUAUGAACGAUUCCUACAAGAUCUCUUUUCUUUUCGUGCGAGACAUGGAUAAUUGGCAAAGAAAAAUUUUGAAAGCUCACGAAGGAUUAUGCGGGCAGCCGCUGUCUUAGCAACUCGCUGUUCAGUUUUAUAGCAAAAGUUGAGUUGCAAACUUAUAGAACGCUUUUUGAAUAAUCCAUGUCAAAAUUAUUUUAUCCGCGGGUUUCUCUGGAAACAUUUCAUGCGCUCGUCGAUAUAAAAAAAAAGAUGGAGGGGUUUUGGGGCAGGUGAGGACUAUAUGGGAAAACGUUUUGAAACUCUCAAAAGUGAAACUCUGAUUUGAUUUCUUCGAGCAAGAGUUUGGCAAAAAGAAAAGUAAUGAAAGAACUUCGCAACA